CGCGGGGGUGGCCAGCGCGCCCUGCGGAUCCUCGCGUUGCCCCUGGAAACCACACGGUGCUGUAGCUACCAGAGCAAGGGAAGGACAUGACGAUUCAAGAUGGCGAAGGACCUGGACGAGCUCUUGGAUGAGGUCGAGUCCAAGUUUUGCAGACCAGACCCACUGAGACUGGGUAUGGUCGAACGGCCCAGAGGCGGAGGCGGUGGCGGUGGCAUCCUCAGCAGCGACCGGAACCGAGCCGAGGCGGAAGAGAAUCUCAGAUCAACAGAAACAUUUAAAAAAGAACAUGAUCUUGACAGUCUUAUUAACGAAAUAUUUGAAGAGCCCAACUUUGACAAAAAAUGCUUUAAAUUAAAAUCUAAAUCUUCAGGUAACACAUCUGUCAGAGCUUCCAUUCAAGGCCCUGGUAAGAGCUGCAGCCCAGUAUACCUUGGUGGAAGUGCUGUUCCAUGUGGGGUUGGGACAAAUACUUCACAGAGAGCAUGUGACCAUCUGCGUUGUAUAGCCUGUGAUUUCUGGGUAGUAAGCUGCGAUGACUAUGGGUGGGACAAAUCAUGUGAUUACCUGUUUUUCAGGCUCCGGACGCGCAGGCUCAGCGACCAUGGCUCAUGGGCCCAGCCGCUCCACAGCACGUGGGAUCUUCCCGGACCAGGGCACGACCCGUGUCCCCUGCAUCGGCAGGCAGACUCUCAACCACUGCGCCACCAGGGAAGCCCCUCCACACUGCAGGCUUUUAAAAUAUGGCACAGGAACAAUAUGCCAGAAUUCCACAAAUUAAAAACAAAGUUGGUAAAGAAGAAAGGAACACGGGCAUACGCCUGCCAGUGCAGCUGGAGAACCAUUGAAGAGCUGACUGACCUUCAGACGGAUCAUCACCUUCGCUGGGUUUGCGGUAAACACUGAGAACACAGACUUUCCACAUUCAGACAAAUGCAUCCAUGAGAACAGUCUCUAUUAACUGUCACAAUAUUUAGGUAAAGGUACAUAGUAUCAUGCCUUUUGGAAAAGACAGGAAAUUUCAUUUAAUGGCUGUAUAAAUUUUCAAAGACCAAAUGGACUUGGGAAGAUAAUGUGCUUUAAUGUUUUGGAAUUAUUCCUUUUUGAUAUAUGGACAUUUCACUUAGGAAGUAAGGUAACAAGUUAUCCAAAUACUUCUUUGCUAGCCUGUCCCCUGUUAAAUAGAAAUUUCAUUGUGGAGUUUCAUACAAAUGUAUAGCCAUUCAGUAGCAACUGCAGUGUUACUGACUGCUAGUAUACUUAGCAUAAACAUUCCUCUUUAUAGCAGUUAAAAGGGAUAAAGCUGGCCCUGCAGAGAGGUCAUUGAGGGGUGUACACAUCACCUCUUCCAGUCAAAUCUGUUGUUAGCAAAGAUCAUAAUUUAGACAUGUCAGAAACUAUGUGAUCAGUGGCUAAUUGAAGGGUUUUCGGGAGUAUAGGUAUAUAUUGUAGGUGAAAACACUGCCUGUAUCUGAUCUAACUUCACCAAUUCAAAGCAAUACUAUGCACAGUAGUAAGUAUAUAUUACCAGUUUUAGCUUAUUUCUCCUCCUUUUGUUCAUUUAGAUAUCAGAAGUUAUUUAGUUUGCUCUUUUAGCAAGUAUUCAUUUCUAUAUAAAAGUGGGUUUUUUUGAUGCACCUAAAAGUACAAGGAAAAAUCCUAAUACAGACAGGUCGGUUUUGGAUUUUCCAAGUACCUUCUUGCCUUUAAUGCCCUAAAACUCCAUUAAGUAAAGAGAACAGCAAGUAAAAUAUAUUCUCAGGCAGCCUGUAGAUUUUUCUGGUAGGAUCAGGUUGACAUACUGUUUAUUGGUGAGUACAUGAAAAAAGAAAGCAUAGCUGAACCAACAGGUAGCCUGUUGGGCUCCUUCUUAGUAUGACUAAGACUUGAGGAGCCCUACAGUAGCAGCACAUUCAGAAGAUUGGUUACCUCAAAAUUACCAGCUCGCAGCCCCAUCAAGAGAUUCCAAUUUGCCAGCAGCUCUUUACCGCCUGUGUCUAAUAUAUUGUUCAAAUGCAUGACACAGGCUUGCUGAAAGCGAGGAACUGAAGCAAAGUUAUGAUCUGCGUAGUCUUAUACUGAAUCUGUUCCAGCCAUUUUACUCAGGCAAAGAAAGAUCUGGUCAUUAAACUCCUUCUCCUAACCAUGACACAUUUGCAUAUGUGUAUCACUUGCUCCAGUAAGUCUAGUAUUCCAACAGGAUAAAUCUCAUUGUGGCAGAUGCUCACAUUUUUUGUAUUAAGAAUAUGUUUACCAAUCUUAUCUUUCAAUAAAAAUUUUUUACCCCCUGAACUUUUAUCUCAGUGUAAUUGUGUCGGAAACAUAGUGGGGGACUUCCCUGGUGGCGCAGUGGUUAAGAAUCCACCUGCCAAUGCAGGGGACAUGGCUUUGAGCCCUGGUCUGGGAAGAUCCCACAUGCCACGGAGCAACUAAGCCUGUGUCCCACAGCUACUGAGCCUGCAUUCUAGAGCCCGCGAGCCACAACUACUGAGCCUGCAUGCCACAACUACUGAAGCCUGCAUGCCUAGAACCCGUGCCCUGCAACAAGAGAAGCCACCUCAAUGAGAAGCCUGCACACCUCAGUGAAGAGUAGCCCCUGCUCACCGCAACUAGAAAAAGCCCGCGUGCAGCAACGAAGACCCAAUGCAGUCAAAUAAAUAAAUAAAUACAUACAUACAUUAAAAAAAAAAAUUGAUCCUUUUAAAGAAAAUAAAAAAGGAAAUGGGGAUUUGGAUUGAAGUUGCCUAUUUCAAAAAUAGCAAAGCAACAAGAUCCACACAUUCAGAACCUCAUGGAAUUUGGCACAUUUAAUCAUAAUGGUGAUUUCUUUUUAAUUUAAAUGAGCAAAUUUACUAAAUUAUGGAUUUGAAAUUUUUUUCCUCUUUUAUUAUUUCAUCAUAACUAUUCUAUAACUUAGAUAUGUUGCCCAUGUUUGGCAUUCCAUAACAUAAUAAUUAUAAUAAUUAGUUCUCUAAUGUCAGAAAUGUAUAAAUGAGUUCACAUUUUUGUUGGCAAUUCAUAAACUUUUUAAUAUUGUAUAAUUUUUAAUCGAAAAUGUAGAAAGAGUAUUAUGUUUAUAUACAAAUGUAUAGAUUAUUACCAGUUGUAAUUUAAGCCAAAAUGCAGCUAUUUUAGUAUCAAUGUAGAAGAACAGUAUAGUUUCUAAUCAACUAUAAUUUUUAAGGACAAAGUCUGUAAAACUUUCAAGAUGUUUUGCAUAUUUAUUUUCAAUAUUCAUAAUAAUUUUCUACCUUUAAUGAGUAUUUUUUAUCAAGCCAGGUAGCUACUUUAUUUGAACUGCAUUGUACUCUCAGACACU